UUAGACACUCGCAAUUUCUUCACCAAUCUCAGAAUAAGAACACUACAAUCUUCUUUCAAGGCUAAGAAAAAUGGCUUUUAGAAACUCUCUUGCCAUCUUCUUUGCCUUGAACAUCAUCUUCUUCACAAUAACAGAAGCCGCCCGCUCUGGUUGUCCACCUGGGUCAUACAAACCCAAGCCGCCUUCCCCAACCCCUCCAGCCAUCCAGACAUGCCCAAAAGAUACAAUAAAGCUCGGUGUUUGUGUUAAGGCGCUUAACUUAUUGAAUGUGACAUUAGGUGCUCCUCCAGUUAAACCGUGUUGCAGCCUCAUUGACGGUUUGGUCGAUCUAGAAGCUGCGGUUUGUCUUUGUACCGCGCUUAAAGCUAGCAUUCUCGGCAUCAACAUUAACCUUCCAAUCAACCUUAGCUUGCUUCUCAACGUUUGCAGCAGAAAGGCUCCACGCGGCUUCCAAUGCCCUUAAUUUCUCAAACACGUCAAAAUAUUGCUAAAUUCUGAAUUUCUUGCUAUGUUUCAAUUUGGUCGAACUUUUGUUUGUGUUUCCUGUGUUUUUUUUUUAUCUUCUCGUCUUUGAACUGGUGGAUGAGGAUAAGAAAUGAGUUUGUUUUGUAAUUUAUUUCAAUUGUUUUGAUGAAUAAGAUAUAACACUUUCGGUGUUACGUUAAA